AUGCAGGAGGCAGCGUCCUUCCUACUGGGCACCCAUGACUUCAGCACCUUUCGCUCAGCCUCUGCAGAACUCCCCAAGCGAGACCCAGUUAAGAGCCUUUUGCGGGUGGAGGUCAGACCUGUUCCUGGCUUUCUCUCGGAGCACAGCAAAGACAGGUAACAUCACUGGGGGUGUUUUAUGCUGGGAGGCCAGGUUCAGUGGACCCAUUAAAAAUAAAGUAAUGGGUUGCAUUCCGUGCUAGCCCUAUUCAGAGUAGGUCCAUUGAAAUUAAUGGAUAUGGCAGUUGGUUGGAGCAUGGUGCUGAUAACCCCAAGGUGGCAGUUUCAAUUCCUGUAUGGGACAGCUACAUAUUCCUGCAUUGCAGGGGGCUGGACUAGAUGAUCCUCAGGGUCCCUUCCGCUUUGAUGAUUGUAUGACUAACUUAGGUCCAUUCAUUUCAAUGGGUCUUCUCUGAGUAGGUCUUAGAUUGUGUGCGCACUAUACAUUUAAAGCCCAUCUCAUUAACAGCCCCCUAAAAAAGUUCCUGAGAACUGUAGUUUACUAUUCCAAGUGCCAGUUUUCAGCACCCUUAACAAACUACAGUUCCCAGGAUUUUUGGGUGUGCACAUGCUUUAAAUGUUUGGGGUGUGUGCCGCAUUAGUUGGAUAUGACCCAUUAAUUCUAUAUCGUUUGCUUGCUUGUUUGCUGUUUUUGAACAAUUUAUUCCCGUUGUUUGCUAAUCACUUUUGCAGGAGGAAGGCAGGGCAUAGGAUCAAAGAAAGGCCCCUUGCCUCAAGUUGGACCCUCAAUCCACCCAGUUCAAUAGUGUCCUUGCCAUGGCAGGGUUGCAGAUGUGCUGCUCUGGGUUGUUUCCAACUCAAACAGCCUUUCUCAACCUGUGGGUCCGCAGAUGUUGUUGAACUACAACUCCCAUCACCCCUAGCUAGCAAGGCCAGAGCUCAGGGAUGAUGGGAGUUGUAGUCCAGCAACAUCUGGGGACCCACAGGUUGAGAACCACUGAACUAAAAGGAUACUCGAGGAUAAACCCACUGAAAUCAACCAACCCAAGUUAGUUGUGUCCAUCAAUUUUAAACGUAGGCCUGUCAAUUCCAAUGCAUAGCUCUCUCUGUUCUCCAUUUUAGAAGCCUCUCUCACGCCUCCCACAGGAACCCAGCAAGGCUUAUACAGAGUCAGACCCCUUGAUCCAUCUGUCUUGGUAUUGUCAACACUGACUGGCAGUGGCUCCUCAAGGUUUCAGGCAGGGGACACCCCAGUCCUGAACCCGGGACCCUCUUCAUGGAAGGAAGUCAAUCCAUCAGUGAGCUAUGACAUUCUCUUAUGACAUAAUAAUAAUAAUAAUAAUAAUAAUAAUAAUAAUAAUAAUUAUUUAUACCCCACCCUCCCCAGCCAAGACUGGGCUCAGGGUGGCUAACACCAAGUAUAAAAACAAUUGAUUAAAAUACAACUUAAAAACAAGAUUAAACUACAACAUUAAAAUGCAGCCUCAUUUCAGUGGAAACUCAAAUCAAAAACUUUUUGGGGGGAUGAAAACGUCAAGUCUUCACCAACUAUCCAGACUGGUCCUACGUGGGCCAGAAAAAAAGCCAGGGAAGUCCCCAAAUAGGAGUUCCAUCACAGAAGGAGAAAGGAAAAAGGAAAGAGGAAAGAGGGGGAGGGGAUCAAGUUGAUUCCAAGCCAAAGGCCAGGCGGAACAACUCUGUCUUACAGGCCCUGCGGAAAGAAAUCAGAUCCUGCAGGGCCCUGGUCUCAUGAGGCAGAGCGUUCCACCAGGCCGGAGCCAGUGUUGAAAAGGCCCUGGCUCUGGUUGAGGCUAAUCUAACUUCCUUAGGGCUCGGGACCUCUAUGGUGUUAUUUUUAUGGACCUUAAGGUCCUCUGUGGGGCAUACCGGGAGAGGCGGUCCCAUAGCCAUCAAUAGCCCACUUCUCCAUUGUCUACUGAUGCAGGGCUGCAAAUACUAACUGGCAGUGGAUCUCCAGGGUUUUGGGUUGGAGACCUACCUGGAGAUGCUGUGGAUUGAACUCACGGCCUUCUGCAUGAAGGCAGCUGCUCUACUGCCGAGUUACGUGCAGCUGAUCGCAGCCCUUGACCUGAGAGUCCAACAGAUAGAUAGAUAGAUGCUCUAACCACUGAGCUAUGACCCUUCUUGGAAGCCUUGGAACUCCCUUUCAGUCAUCUUUGCUCCCCAGCUCCUGUCCCUCGACAGUGUACGUGGACAGAAACAGGUGGCCACGGACAGCCCAUUACGUGCAUCACAGUGCCGAAGCUCAGGAUCAUGGCCUCGAUGCUCCUCUUGAUGGGACGUUGCCAAUCCCCUCUCCAGAGUUGCUUAGCAACUCCCCUGCUCGAGAGAAAAGGCCUGUUUCCAACAGAUGCCCUUAAGACGCCGGGUUCGGAAGCCGCACUCCAUUGUUCGAAGGGGAAGCGAGAAAGCCGGGGGGGGGGAGAAUAGGAGGAUUAUUUGAAACUGGAAGGACACGGAGUAAUUCUACUUGGAAGCACAUUGUUGGAAAGAGAAAGGAGAGGGGGGGGGGAAAUAAGGAAAACGAACUUGGAUUACUAUAAUGCAGGAGCCUUUUUUCUUGCCGUGUCGAAGGAUAAGUGCGUUCCCAAGGUUAUCCCGCAUUGUCUGCCCUGCUUUCAGAAGCGGAGGUCUUUCAAGGAGUAGUGUGGACGUGUCUGUUUUAUUUGGCAAAGAAGGAGUCAGAGGAAGCAGCUGUCAAGGCAGAGAGCCUGGGAAGAGGAGUGGGGAAUUGAGGGGCAGGGAGCUGUCUGUGGUGCUGAAGUGCCACCCUGCCUGCCAGCAGCCCCUGCUGAAACCUGCCUCUUAGAUUCAGAGAUUUAACGAAACGCUGCACACAUUUCUUCACCACGUCCUUCAGGACUAGAAGCUUGUCUCUACAAUUAGAACCCCGUGGAACCCCUACUUUCAAAAAUCUUGAUAUCUCUGCGGUAGUCUUUGUUACGCAGAUGGUGCCACCGUACCCUUUAACAUGCCCCAGAGCAAAACCGGUGUGGUGCGAGCAAUUUUUUUUAUUUUGAAAGUGUGGCCCAGAGGAAAAGAGAUUGAGAACCCACUAAGCUAAGUGAAUCGUGCCCAUUAAUUUCAGCGGGUCUGCUUUGCGUAGGACAACCCUUCGUAACAGAUUGUCUUUCUCUCCACGCCCCCCCCCAGCUUAUCCCAUAAUGCCCAAUAAAGGCAGAUUAAUUCUUGUUCAGAAUAAACAAAGAAAAUUGAGCGUUAAGGGUGCCAACCGUUUGAACAGGAUGCUGGAGGCGGGUGGGGAGGAGAGUGAGGAAUCUUGCAUUUUCAAAAAGAGAAAACCAACACGAUUCCUAUUGUUUCUCUUUCCUGGGCUCGCUGGGCCCUGCCAGGUUGUGGGAGAAAGACCAGCUGUCUCGGAGCAAAGUCUCCAUGUGAUCCGAAAACGGAAUGAAUAAUAGUCAUGGAAUUGCGGGUGGGUGUUUACAGGCUCUCUUGUGCAACCCAGGAAUUUCAGAGCGAGGGCUUCACACACAGGUGGAAGACCCUCCCAUGGAGGGAGAGACGCUAUCCAAGGUCAUUGUUUCCAUUAUCCAUUGGCAUUACAGCAGGUGCCACGUAACACCCGUUCCACAUUUGUAAGGGCUCUGUGACCGUUUAAUGUGGCAUCGCUUACACUUUGGAACUGCCUGCCUCAUGAUAUCAGGCAGCCACCUUCACUGCACUCUUUUUGGCGCCUGCUAAAAUUCUAGUUUAGACAAACCUACCCAGGUCAUAGCUGUCAACUUUUCCCUUUUCUUGCGAGGAAUCCUAUUCGGAAUAAGGGAAUUUCCCUUAAAAAAGGGAAAAGUUGACAGCUAUCACCCAGGUGCUUAGAAAGUUGAUGUGGAUUUUAACCCAUUCAAAGUAUUUUAACAUUUGGAAUCUUUUAAACUAUUGUAAUUUUUUUCUUGAUUUUCUUGGAGGGCGGUUGUACAUCGCUUUGAGGUUUCGCGGUUGUUUUUAGCAGUCAAGCUAUGUAUAGAUUUUGUUAAAUAAUAAAAUAAUUGUUAUCAGUAAACAGCACUUACUACCAACUUUCAGCUGAUUCAGGGCAGAAAGGAAUGGAUAUUUUAAAGGAGCGUGUGGUUUGUCUCACCUCGAAAAAAGGAUAUUGUAGGGCUGGAAAAGUUUCAGGAUUAAGAGAACAACCAAUCUUUUGGUUUCCUCUUUUUCUUGUAAAGUGCUUUGAGGUUGUUGGUUUCUUACAAUCUUAAGUGGUGUUGCAGCAUUUGGGACUUUUUACUUCAGAGAAAGGGGGAGUAAGGGGCAAGUAGUAGUAGAAGUGUUUGAAAUAUUUAUGGCAUGGGAAAAGUGGAUGAGGAAACUUUUUUUCUCCCUUUCUCACAACACUCGGAACGCAUGAGCAUCCAGUGAAACUGAUGGCUGGAAGAUUCAGGAGAGAUAAAAGAAAGGAUUUCUUCACGCAUAGUGGAACUGUGGAACUCACUCCCGCAGCAGGCAGUGGAUGGGACAAAUUCAUGGAGGAUGGGACAAAUUGUGGCUAUUAGCAACGAUGGCUAUGCUCUGCCUCCGCAGCUGGAAGCAGAAAUGCUUCCCAGUCUCUGGGAAUCACAAAUUGGACAGUGCUGUUGUUGCACUCAGGUCCUGCUUUCAAGCUUCCCUGAUGAACAUCUUUUGGUUGCUGUGAAGACCAGAUCCUUUGGCCCAGUCCAACAGGGAUUUUCUGAUGUUCUUGUUCAUUGUUCUCUCAUUGGAUAUAUUUAAAGGGGGAUUAUUAUUAUUAUUAUUUUAAAAACUGAUUAUUUCAUUCUUUUUGGAAACCGCUUUGAGGUUUUAGUUUUAGGGUUUUUUUAAACUACAGUGGAUGCUCAGGUUGCGAACGUGAUCCGUGCGGGAUGCACGUUUGCAACCCGCGUCUGCGCACGUGCGGGUUGCGAUUCAGUGCUUCUGUGCAUGCGCAAAGCGCAAUUUAGUGCUUUUGCGCAAGCGCCGAAACCCAGAAGUAACCUGUUCCAGUACUUCCAUGUUUCGGUGGUCCGUAACCCGAAAAAACGCAACCUGAAGCGUCUGUAACCCAAGGUAUGACUGUAAGUGGCAUAUAAAUUUUGUGAAAUACAAUAAAUAAAUUAUAUUUUCCUUGUGUUGGCAUGGGUAGAUUUUACCAGGGUGCUGGCAUCAUGAAACAACAUGAAGCAAUGUGAAAAAUUAACAAUUAGUGGAAUGCCCCCUCCCCAAAUGUUGCCUGUGAAUGGAAUGAUGAAUUCAGGGCAGGGGGCGGAUUUGGUCUCCACCAUAUUUUCUCUCUCCCCCCCCCCCAUGGCGCUGCUGGAAGUGGUACAGUCCAGGCGAAGCUUUACCACCUGGCUGUGCCUUCUGCCCUGUUUCCCUGACGGCUAGAAACCCUCUGAGCUUUAAACGCUGUCAGAUUUGCUGACUUUUCUGUUAGCCCACCCUAGACUGCUGAGCGAGGAAAUCACAUUCUUUUAAAAACCCAUCUGAAAGAGCCCAGUGAGAGAGAGAGAGGAUGGAUAGCUGCCUCCCUCAUGAAAUCACAUGCUAGGUGAUUACAGACCUAUUAUCCCACCCUCUCCCUUGUCAGCACUAUUUAUUUUUGGCUGAAUUGUUAGAAGCGGGAGGCCUGGAAAACAACAUGCCAUGAAUCCUGCAAGUCGGCAUAAAACGUAAACCUUUUGACUUCCAUGGUGGUGGUGUUUCCAUUUUUGUUUUAAGUCCCUAGUCCUCAAGAUUCUUCUGGCAAACCCUCCCCACAAAUAAACACACAGUGGAUUAUUAUUAGUAAUAGUAGUGAAAAUGUAACGCAUCCUUAAAAAUUGUUCUGCAAAUAAGCAAGUGGUGGGUUUUUUUUGUUAUUUGUCCUCAAGGGUUGUUCUGGCAACCCCGCCACACAAAUAAGGAAGUGGUAGCUUAAAAAAAAUAAAAAAUAAGAUUAGUAGUCCUCAAGGCUGGUUCUGCCAAGCCCUCCAUGUGGAUGAAGCAGGCAGUACCCGCUUCUAGCCCCUCAAUCCAAAGUUGGCCUUAGGUUGGGAGUAAACUUGGCCAAGCUUGCCCUACAGCCUUUUUUGGGGACGGUGAACAAGGGACAAGAGCUAACGGUGACAGCCUGUUGUCUUUGUCCAUGGAGUUUUCUUGCCGGUUCCUGCUCCGGGUGGAUCACGUUUGGUCAAAACUCUCCACUAUGACCUGUCCAUCUUGGGUGGCCCUGCACGGCAUAGCUCAUAGCUUCUCUGAGUUAUUCAAGCCCCUUCGCCACGGCAAGGCAGUGAUCCAUGAGGCAGUGAGAGAUUUUACUUUCUUGGGCUCCAUGAUCACUGCAGAUGGUGACAGCAGCCACGAAAUUAAAAGACGCCUGCUUCUUGGGAGAAAACCAAUGACAAACCUAGACAGCAUCUUAAAAAGCAGAGACAUCACUUUGCCAACAAAGGUCCGUAUAUUUAAAGCUAUGGUUUUCCCAGUAGUGAUGUAUGGAAGUGAGAGCUGGACCAUCAAGAAGGCUGGUCGCUGAAGAAUUGAUGCUUUUGAAUUAUGGUGCUGGAGGAGACUCUUGAGAGUCCCAUGGACUGCAAGAAGACCAAACCUCUCCAUUCUGAAGGAAAUCAGCCCUGAGUGCUCACUGGAAGGACAGAUCCUGAAGCUGAGGCUCCAAUACUUUGGCCACCUCAUGAGAAGAGAAGACUCCCUGGAAAAGACCCUGAUGUUGGGAAAGAUGGAGGGCACAAGGAGAAGGGGACAACAGAGGACGAGAUGGUUGGACAGGGUUCUCGAAGCGACCAACAUGAGUUUGACCAAACUUUGGGAGGCAGUGGAAGACAGGAGUGCCUGGCGUGCUCUGGUCCAUGGGGUCACGAAGAGUCAGACACGACUAAACGACUAAACGACUAAACAACUAAACAACAACAAACGGUGACAGCGGCCUUUAAUACACCUUGCCAAUUUACAGCCUGCCCCAAUUCGCCCUGUGAAAAAAACGAAGACCCCGAUUGGCAGAUUAAUCCCAAGCACUGAGGCCGAAGAUAGAUUUGGGGUGCUCUUUGCUGGCUCGCAGAUUUGGACCCAUCGUUUCCCUCCCAGCUUUUAAGAAGGAUUUUAAGUGGAACCAUAAUCCUUUCUCCUCGCAAGCGGGGAGGUGGGAGGGAGCAGCCUAUCGAUCGCGCUUUGUUGCGCCUGCUUCCCAUUAAGGCUGAAUCGCUUAUAUUUUCGGUCACUGAGAGAUUUAGGCAGAGGCCUCGGGCUCUUCAUGAGUCACUAAAAGCAGGCCGGAGCCCUUAAUCUGGGCCGCUGUCCUCUGUUCUCGCACGCAAGCAGACUCCAGGGGGCAUUGACCCCGGCUCCCAAUUCCCUCCCUCCAAAAAAAGAAGAGCCUGUCAGUAUUUGUAAUGUAAUUUCAUUGGGAAUGUGUUUCACAAAGAAUAGAUGGUAUUGGGGAAAGGAGGUGGCAGUUGGAAAUUGGCAGUUGGCUGGUUAUUCAGUUACUUCUUUCUUGACUGUGAAACUGAGAGGUGUGGGGACUUCAUGCAGACGGCGUCUGGAGGUGUUUGUGAAUAAUAUUUGUUGUUCAAGUGUUGCCAGCCUGACAAGUUUAAAGAUUUAUAUUUAACUAUUCGUGUAAGACACACACACAAAGAGAGAGAGACUGUAUUUUUCUGUGUAUAAGACACCCCCUAUUUUGGGGGACUCAAAUUUAAGAAGUUUGCACUGUGCGCUACCCAUGUAUAAGACAGCCCCCAUUUUUUAGCAUAAUUUUUAAAGGAAAAAACCUAGUCUUAUACACGGAAAAGUACAGUACAGUGGUACCUCGGGUUACAUACGCUUCAGGUUACAGACUCUGCUAACCCAGAAAUAGUGCCUCGGGUUAAGAACUUUGCUUCAGGAAGAGCACAGAAAUCGUGCUCCGGCGGCAGCGGGAGGCCCCAUUAGCAAAAGUGGUGCUUUGGGUUAAGAACAGUUUCAGGUUAAGAACGGACCUCUGGAAGGAAUUAAGUUCUUAACCCAAGGUACCAUUGUAUAUAGGGACAUGGGUGGCACUGUGGGCUAAACCACAGAGCCUAGGGCUUGCCGAUCAGAAGGUUGGCGGUUUGAAUCCAUGCGACGGGGUGAGCUCCCGUUGCUCGGUCCCUGCUCCUGCCAACCUAGCAGUUCGAAAGCACAUCAAAGUGCAAGUAGAUAAAUAGGUACCGCUCUGGCGGGAAGGUAAACGGCAUUUCCGUGCGCUGCUCUGCUUCGCCAGAAGCGGUUAGUCAUGCUGGCCACAUGACCUGGAAGCUGUACGCCAGCUCCCUCGGCCAAUAAAGCGAGAUGAGCGCCGCAACCCCAGAGUCGGUCAUGACUGUACCUAAUGGUCAGGGGUCCCUUUACCUUUACCUUUUACCAUUGUAUAUAUUAUCACAAAUUGCUAAUGGAGCCUGGCUGCUGGGUCAGGCCAACAGCCCGUCAAGCCCAGCAUCCUGUCCUCACAGUGAGCAGGCAGAUGUUUCUGGGAAACCUCCAAAAGGUGGACCUGAGCAUAACGAACACUCUCACAGGCAAAAGCCGGUGGUGCCCAUUGGAACUGGUGCGGAGGAAGGCAGGGAGCCCAACAGUAGGUGGCGCCAGAGCCAAUGUUUGGUUCAGCCAACUCAGGUAUGUCCUCAUCCUGCUCCCUGCUGAGUUCUGCAAGGACAGCACCUGAAACUUAAGGGAGGUGAAAACGGACGGGUUGUAAGAAGUCAGGCAGGUGGUGGCUGGCUGAGUCCAGAUUGCGCUUGGUGGGGCACUGCCCCCUUCACCCUGAUGGACCAACCUCUACUUACAAAGAUCCAGUGAGUUCCUUUCCUGCCGUAAGAGGGACCCAGAUUUUCAUUUUCAUUUUUUUUGCCAGGGGAGAUUAUACAAACGCUGCACUCAAAAAAUUGAGAACGUUCAAGUAUUUCAUCUGACUUGCAGUUUUUUGUUUUUAAAGCAAAGCGCCCCGGUUCACGUUUCCUGGACUUAAUAUGCUGGUCAGAAAGCAGUUACUUUUUAACAUAUGCACGUCUAUGAGUUCUGCCAUUACCUUCUCAGACAAUAUGUCAAAAUGCUUGCUAAAUCUGAAGUCUUGGUGUUUUUUAAAUGGUAGAACGUGUGCGGAAAUGUUUUUUGAAAAAGGCAUACAAAAAUAGUGUGAAUAUUAACUUCAAAAAAACACCACCACCCUUAUACACAGAAAUGAGAUGGAUCUGACCUGGAUUUUAGUUAUUGUCCACUUGGACAAGUUAUAUACUGCUUAUAUGUUAUAUUUGUAUUAUUUAUUUCAUAAGAUUUAUAAAUUGCUUGAAAGAUUGAAAAACAAAGCCUCAAAGGGAUUUACAAAAAGGAUAAAAUGAUAAUAUUACCAAUAGGAAAAAUUAACAACAAUAAUUUAAGACUUUUGAAAAUCUAAAUUGAUAAUAUAGUAGAAACAGAUGGAAGUUCAUAUCAACAACUGGGCAGGCUUGUCUAAACAGAAAUGUUUUUAGCAGGUGUCAAAGAGGGUACCGCGAGGGUGCCUGUCUGAUAUUAAUAAGCAGGGAGUUCCAAAGGUAUAUUUAAACACGUCUCUAAAUGGUUUGUGACCUGGGUGAAAACAUCUUAAUCUUUAAAAACAAAGCAAAACAAAACAAAAAACCAAGAGGACUGCCAAAUUCUGUAAGACAGAAUUACCAACUAAAUUGAACAUCUUUAGCAUCAAAACAAACACUACCCAUAAUAAUCAGCUACGAAAAAAUACACAAGGAAUUCUGUAUUGCAAGACCUAGUGAACAGCUAGUCCAAAUAUCCUCUAAUACAGCAAGAAAUAAAUUGUUACACAUGAAGAUCAACUAAAAAGUAUCAACUCCACAUAUGAAAGUGGCACGGAGUAGAAAUUGACGGAUCCGUCCACUCCUACUUAAAAUAUGUUGCUGAAGUGGCUUCUGAGCUGCUUGGUUUAUUAGAAGCUUGCCCUGCGUACAUUGGAUUGCCCCCAGCAUGAAGGCAGUGGCUGUACCCCUGUCGCUUGUGCCCAGGUGGUCAGGUAUACUGCCUCUGUCCCUGGAGGUUCCAUUCCUGACCCUCACUCCUAGGGUGAAGGGCACUGUUGGGUCUGCUGUGCAUCAAAAUGCUCUUGACUCUUCAUCAGGGCCGGCAAGAUGGUGGAGAAGCAGCCCCGCGAAACAGCUGGUCUGCUGCCACCAAUCUUGCCCGACAACAUGGGUGGGGAUGCUCCAGCCCACAGUCUGAAUCCGGCUUUAGCACACCCACCUGCCCCACCUGCAUGCUUACGGUGAGCUCCUCAUUGUUUCUUUGUUGGAGCAAGGUGCACCCUUGCUAGUCAGCUGAUAGGCAGCGAGAACAUGCCUCGUUCUAGCAAAGCAACAGUUGGGAAACUCAUUUUUGAAACUGAUUUUUCUUCUUUUUCUGGGUGCUAUUGGAGGAAGGAUGCGCUCCUCCUGCCUGUCAGCUGAUGGGCCCACAUCACUCUUCAGGAGGUCUUAGGAACGUCCAGAGUGGUAGCAAAAAUCCAUCCUGCAGAAGCGAGUUCCAGAGUUGAACAGUGCACAGUGUUGAAAAAGUGCUUCCUUCUGUCCUUCCUGAUCGUUUUAUCUCUAACUCCCCCCCCCCUUUGCUUUUUUCCAGCCAUCUGAGGUUUUGGGAGAUGGAGUUUACGGCCCCGUCUUUUCUCUACAAACAGGUACCGUGAAAGCUAACUCCCCACAAAAGCCAGCUUUAAACUGGCCUGAACCCAGUUUUUACACUCCCUUAUUAUCCUCGGCGUUUGGUAUCUUUGGGUCCUGCUCUGAACACCUUCUCCAUAUUGUGACCUGGUAGUUUGCACACAAAGCAGGCUUCAUCAAAUGGUCUUUCUGCAUGGUGGCACAGCAGAUCCUGCUCUGGGGAGUGAGUUGUGCUAUGGGAUCUUUGGAGUCCCAAUUCUACGACUCUAUGAACUGUAGAAUGUUGUUGAGCUGGCGAUCCUGAUUUGGGAAUCUAAGACACGAAGGUGAUAACUCACUCCCGUUGCUGCUUCCCUGUAUACUGCCUCUGAACCUGGAAGUCUGACGUAGCCAUUGUGACCAGUACUGCUAGACCGAUCCCUCACUGUGAAUUGGUUUAAUCCCCGUAUCCGGUGGCUGCCACCACUGGGUCAUGUAGCUCAGUCUCAUCUGUGCCAACCUUGGGGAAAGGCUGUGGCUCAGUGGCAGAGCAUCUGCUUUGAGUGCAGAAGGUCCUGGGUUCAAUCCCCAGCAACAUCUCCAGGUAAGGCUAGGAGAGACUCCCUGCCUUGAAAACCCUGGGGAGCUGCUGCCAGUCAGUGCGGACAGUACCGAGCUAGAUGGAGCAGCGCUCCAACUUGGUGUAAGACAGCCUCCUUUGCUCCAUUUUAAUUCAGGCCCUCAUUCAGAAUAUAAAGGACUAGAAUAAUACUUUAUAUUUAGGAGAAAGAAUGCAGCAGAUUCCAAGUUCACUAUUCUACGGGUGUGUGUGUUAGGACUUGGAAUGUGUUGUUGUAAGGCAAAGGUAAAGGGACCCCUGACCAUUAGGUCCAGUCAUGGCCGACUCUGGGGUUGCGGCGCUCAUCUCGCUUUAUUAGCCAAGGGAGCUGGCAUACAGCUUCCGGGUCAUGUGGCCAUCAUGACUAAGCCACUUCUGGUGAACCAGAGCAGCGCACAGAAACGCCAUUUACCUUACCGCCACAGCGGUACCUAUUUAUCUACUUGCACUGGCAUGCUUUUGAACUGCUAGGUUGUCAGGAGCAGGGACCAAGCAACGGGAGCUCACCCCGUCACAGGGAUUCAAACCGCCGACCUUCUGAUCGGCAAGUCCUAGGCUCUGUGGUUUAACCCACAGCACCACCCACAUCCCAACAACACCUGUGUUGUUGUAGGACCCCCUAAUCUUGGAUUAAAGAAGGGGCCGGCAGUCUUUUGGGGGCCAAUGUUUAAAGUUUUGAGAGGGUGCUGUGAGUGCCUGUCGCAAAAUAGCUGCCAUGUCAGUGCUGAUUGACGUAACACAAGCCAUCAGCUUCUCCCUUUCGCAGCCUGGUAGUUUGCAUGUUGAGCACAUUUCAUGAAAGAGUCCUUGCAUGGUGGCAGUUGGUAGCUCCCCCUGCUUUUUUAGCCCAGAAUUGGCAGUUCCUUAGAUCACUGGCAUUUGCUGCAGAAAGUUUGGGAGCUUGAAGUUGAGAUGGGCAUGACUCUCUAGUUCUCCCGUCAGCUCUGCAGACAGAUCCCACUGCUGCCCCAACUCAAAAAAAUGUUUUCUGUACCUCUUGAUUGUUUCUCAUGCUUUGUAGGACACUAGCCUCCCUUUUUGCACUUACACAACAAGAAUGCAAACACGGAGGAUGAAUUAUACAGUGGGGUGCGUGGUAAUUUGCAUCGCUGAUGUGGGUUGCGGAGUCCAGCUUGCCUUGGGCACAGGGUUCGAAUUGCAGGGCCUAGGUGCAAAAUCUUCUUUUGAGGCAAGUGUCUAUGCAACACUGUCUCAUAGCCUCAUCCAAUGAAGGGCUGAGAUUUAUUUCACUCUUUAAAUGGAACAUCUGCACUGGAUCAGAAACCCAAGGAAACUGACACAGUCUUCUCACUGCUGCCCCCCUCUGGUUUUAUGCCAGUACUUGGCAUUUCAGUACUUGGAGAACGGGCAUCAGUGUUUGCCCUUGGUUAGAUAAAGUACAGAUCCAAAGCACCCUCGGCAGGAAACAGCAGAUCCACACUAUGUAUUUAAAGUGUGUUUGACACACAUUUAAACAGUUCCCCAAAGAAUCCUGGGAACUGUAGUUUAAGGGCACUGGGAAUUGUAGCUCUGUAAGGAGGAAAGCACUUUGAGUGGAAGUCAUGUGCUUUAAAUGCAUGGCAUGGAGAGAGAGAGAGAGAGAUUUAAAUGGGAAAUGUUGAAUAGAAGCAUCAAAGUGUAGGAGGGCAGUGCCCUCUGGUGGUGAAUGCUAGAAGUGCUGUUUGUGUAGGCCUGUGGCUCCCCCAAGAACCCUGCAGUAUUCGGGGAGAGGGGAACCUCUGGCCUUCCAGAUGUUGCUGGACUCCAGCUGCUAAUGAUCCCAGAGGCUGGGACUGCUGAGAGCUGCAGACAGGUAUCUUUCCUACCUGAUCCUUUUGGUCAGAGUUGUCAGGGAUUGAACCUGCAUGCUGCUGAGCUGCAGUUACACCUGAGGAACAUAGGAAUCUGCCUUACACUGGUUCAUCUAGCUCAGUCCCAUCUGUGCCAACCUUGGGGAAAGGCUGUGGCUCAGUGGCAGAGCAUCUGCUUUGAUUGCUGAAGGUCCCAGGUUCAAUCCCAGCUGGGAGAGACUCCCUGCCUUGAAAACUCUGGAGAGCUGCUGCCAAUCAGUGUAAACAAAACUGAGCUUAGAUGGGCCAGUUGUUUGAUUCAGUAAUAAACCAGCUUCCAAUGUUCCUAUGGCCACCUCCAGGGGGUCUUUCUGAGCCCUUCGUAAAGAUGUGGUGGGUUGAAACUUAGGCAUGCAGCACAAAUGCUCCACCCACUGAGCAACAUGGCCCCCUUCCUCCUUAAUUGCCAGGAAUUUAUGCACACAGUCUCAGAUCUGGCAUGCUCCCCCAGGAAGCUAUAUUUACACUAGGUCAGAACAUUUGUUCCAUGUGCUCCUUAUCAUCUACUCUGACUGGCAGCAGCUGUGUGGGAGUCUUUCCCAGCCCUACCAGGAGUGUCUUGAGCUCUUUUGCACACAAAAGGGCCUUCUCUUCUUCCGCCAACCGCUGUCCCCUCCUUGAACUGUUUGAGCACUGUAAUUUGGUGGCGGCGGUUGGGGUUUUACAUUUAUAAAGGAAAUGUUUAGUUACUGGCUGCUCUGGGCGGCCUUUCCCGGGUGGGAGAGCAGAGUAUAUAAAGCACCGGCAAAUACACCAAAACUGCAACCUCCAGAAGGGUCCAGAAAGCUGCCGUCUCGCAGAUUUCCACAGCCUGCAUCUGAAUGUGGGCAGCUGCAAGGGAGGCAGAUGGAACCACAUCCUUUUCCUUCCAAGUUGUUAUCUCACAGAGAGGCGGCUGCUAUUUUUGGUUUGUCUGAGGUGUUGUUGUUUCACACCUUCGUUUCCACCUCCACAGUCUUCCUCAUUCAUUCAUUCAUAAACCUUUCCUCCAAGGUGGCCCACACAGAACCACCUCCUUGUUCCCCGUUCUCCUAACAACAACCCUGUGAGGUAGGGUAGACUGACUGGCCCCAUGGUCACCCCGUGAGCCCCAUGGCUGAGUGGGGCUUUGAACCUUGGUCUCUCAGGUCCCAGUCCGACAGGUCUCCCUCCCUUCCCUGGGAAUGGCACCAAACCAGCUGUGAUGUAGUGGUUUCUGUCUCCUGGGUCCAAGAAUUGCCCAAUCAGCACAAAAGGAAAGGUUUUUGGGCACUGAGAAGAAGUCUUCCCACAUUUUGGGCUGAUUGGAGCCAAUCAAAGUGAAAGGAGGUGAGUCAGCCACUGAGGAUUGGCUCCUAGGGUCCCUCUGGAGAAGGCGUGCAGGAAGAACGCCCAAGAGUAUGCACGCCCCAAAGCUCAGCAUUUAGGAACACUGGAAGCACAAAAGGCUUUGGUUUCAAGGGAGUCAGGGGGCAGGUUCUGUUGCAUGCAGUGGACCUUCAAGGAAGACACAACUUUAAGUUGCUGUGAAAGAAGAUAUUGGGAGACCUCCAAAUCAUUUGCCCACAAAAAAUAGUAGAUGUAGCUGAAAGGCAACACGUGGAGGAGAUAUGCACUGAUUGUUGGAUUGUAUCCAUUAUUAUUAGUAUUUCAGGAUUAUAAAAUCACUGUAUAAUCUUCGAAGGGGGCAUGGCUUGUGACUAUCAGGAAGGGACUCUGCACUUUGCCACUGCAAGUCAUAGAAUAAGAGAAUUGUAGAGUUAGAAGGGACCCUGAUGAUCAUCUAGUCCAGCCCCCUGCAAUACGCAGCUGUCCCAUAUGGGGAUCGAACCCGCAAACUUGGCAUUAUCAGCACCACGCUCUGACCAACAGAGCUAUCCAUUGAUCCGAACUCCAACAAGACGGUUGCCAACUCCAGGAAGAAACGUGGGAAGCUGUCUCUUGCUUUCAUUAUUACUUUUUUAUUAGCUUUAUUUUCUCCUGCCCUUGUUCCCGAAGGAGGCCAGGGCAGGCAAUAUCAAAACGUUUAAGCAGUCCCAACUCAAAUGAAAUUAAAACAUAUUUAGAGACCAUCUAAGCAUCUAAAAGCAUUACCCUGCCAAGGUUGCCACUGCCAGGAUCUUCCAGCCCUUCUAGGGAACAGGAAUGCCCUUAUAGUUCUCCUAAGAGGCAGUGAUGAGGGAGACAGAUGCACCUCACUAGUGUUGCCUACACUGGCCGGCAGCACCUCUCCACGUUCUUAGACAGGGAGGCAUUCCCAGCCCUGCUGGAGAUGGUGGGGGUUGAAUCUGGGAUCCUUUGCAGAUCUGGGAUCCUCUGCCAAGCAGAUAACUCUCCCACUGAGCCUCGACCCUUCCCUCCUUUACCCAUCCGACAUCCUGCUGCAGGAAAAUGGGGCGGGGGGAGCCCAGCAUUUUGGCUCUGCUUGUGGUCCACCCACAAGAGUCUGCAAGGGCAGAAGUCGGUGACACCGGAGGUGUUCACACGCUCGCUCACCUCCACCCUCCCACCAAAAGGAAAGAGAGCGGUGAACGAAAGUUUCCUUUCUGAAACCGACAGGCUCACGCUGCCGGGUUCUUUGGCCCACAUGACCAUUUUAUAAAAGCAGCUCUGCUGGGUCGGAGGAAAAGGCCUGUUUCUUUCAAGUUUUUCCUCCCAGGGGGCUCAAGAUGGGGACUCUUAUCGUUCUUCCCCACCCCCUGCCAAGCCUCACGACAAGCCUGCGAGGUGGGCUAGUCUGAAAGGUAGUGGCCUGGCCAAGGUCACCCACUGACCUUCAACAGCUGAGCAAGAACUGUAAAAGGCAUUAAAGCCCACAAGCAGCCCCUGGAAGCAAUGUCUGUGACUGUUUCCUGUCCCUGGCAGUGGCUGCUCAGGGCAGAUUCUACCGCAGAGGUUUUGUUUAACCCCCUGCCUUGAAUCUGACCCCUCCUAGACUAGAGAGCCAAAUGCAGAAAACUGCUCCCAAGCAUAUUCAGAACUGGCAAGCUAGAACCAAUGGAGGCAGCUGGUUUGGUGUCGUCUAGCUCUCUUAAUUGUUAGAAGCUUGUUUUCUUCUUUCAUCCAAUGGGACAAUGCCAAUAUUUGUUUUAAUGUUUGUUGUAUUACCACCGCCGUUCUUCAAGUUUUUAUUUAUUUAUUGGGGAGAUGGGGAGCCUACAGCCUUCCAGAUGGUGCUGGUCUGCAACUCCCAUCACCCCUGGCUGUUGGCUGGGGCUGAUGGGAAUUAGAGUCCCAUGGUGUCUGGUGACCUAGAGGUUUGUCAUUAUUAGAGAGGGGAUCCUAAGAAAUCGAGAACAUAGCCCCCCCCAAAAAAGUCUUAAUUGUGUAAGUCAAUAAAAUGCCCAUUCCAUUUGCACAGCGUUCCAUUGGCUGUUCAUGCUCAUUCACUUCCAUGGCUUUUGCUGAUUAAUAUCCUACAGCCCUUUAAAUAUAACUGUGAGAAGGGUGUGUGUGUUAUUGUUCUGUUCUUUUGGUUUUAAUUAUUUUCUGUGUUUUAUCUUGUAUUUUAUUCUGUGAACUGCCCUGAAAUCUUUGGAAUGAACAAAUGAUUGAAUGGGUCUAGCAACUCUGACCAGGUCUAAUGUUGGAUAUAACCCCCUGAGUCAGACCCAUGGAAGUGAAUGGAGGCAACUAUCUUAAGCCCAUUGAUUUAAACUGCUCUACAGUGGUACCCCGAGUUACAAACUUAAUUCAUUCUGGAGGUCCAUUCUUAACCUGAGGUACCACUUUAGCUAAUGGGGCCUCCCACUGCCGCCGUGCCACCAGCCCGUGAUUUCCAUUCUCAUCCUGGGGCAGAGUUCAGAACCCAGAGCAACUACUUCCAGGUUAGCGGAGUUUGUAACCUGAAGCAUUUGUAACCCGAGUUACCACUGUACUUGGACAAGGACUAACAAUAGAUUCAUCCUAUUGGGUUGACUCUUGACUUAGAAGGGAUGCAGCCCCUGGAUUUGCCCUAAUGGGUAGAGAUUGUGGGACUCGUCUGGGGCCGCAUUGAUUUUUGACCCUCCCCUUCCUUCCCUUGCCAGGUGCGGAGAAUGGUUGGCGUCUUGGUGUCCGUCGGCCAGGGCCGCCUCGAACCUCGUCAGGUGCAAAGGCUUUUGGAGAUCAGGGACCUGAUGGCUUACCCCAACAACACCAUCGCGCCGCCCGAUGGACUCUUCCUCAAAGAUGUGGAGUACUGUGAAGCUGGUUAGUCUGGGAAACCCCACUUGCUUCUGGGGCGCAGAAUCCUUAGCUUAGUAGCCUUGCCUGCAGAAGGUCCCAGGCUCAACCCUCAGCAUCCCAGACCCUGUGCAGACUUGUCUCAAGCGCAGGCAGAUGAAUCGAAAACUGAGCGUGCAUCACACAACCAUCAGGUUGCCCCUGUCUGAAGUGGUCCAGCUCAGGGGCAGAUAGAGAACCUCAGCCAAGAAGUAGGUCCCGUGGUGCUGUUUAUCCCCCCACUUUGUUGGAGAACUGGUGUUUGUAGGGUGCAAGGAAUUCUUAAAAGUUGGGAUUUUUAUGAGGUAUUCUUUUGUGUUCUGAAGGUUCUGUGCUGUGAAUUAACAUGGCAUAGUCAAUAGGCUAUUGGAUGUGUUGCUUUCAGUAACACUUCUCCCCCUUUAAAACUCUCAGCCCCCCCAAGAGACAUAGGCAGGAUCUACAGGGGAGUUUCAGGCAGGCAUGUAAGCCAUGCCAGUCAAGCAUCUGUUGGUGUGCGUGGAAAAUCCAAACUGUUUUUGUUCUCUGUUGUGGUGUCAGGGUGAUGAAUUGGAUUUUAAUUAUCCCAAGCUGCAGUGUGCCUGCAUUUGAAGGACGUGGGGCAGAGAUCCUCUUACAUGAAAUAAAAAUCUCCCAUUAGAAAGGAUCAGGUUGCAGAGAAGAGAGAGACCUCUCUGCCCAAGAGCCUGGAGAGCAGCUGCCCGUCAUUAGAUUAUAUGGAAACUUCGUUUCACCUGGUAUAUAAGGAAGCUUCGGUCUCCAUAUCUCAGAAAGGGUAUUGUGAAGCUGGGAAUGGGGAACCAAAUCAUCAGUUGGAGGCGGCAAUACUAAUGCCAGUUGCUAAAGCAUUUCAGGAUUAUUAACUUACGAGAAAAGAAGGAAAUGUUGAAGAGUGAUUAAAAAUGUCUGCACUGUGUGGAAAACAUGGAUAGAGGGGAUCUUCCUUUCUCUCUUUGGCCCCAACUGCACUAUACAUUUAAAGCAGUGCCAAACUCAUUUUUAGAAGAUGUUGAGAUUCUUUUUUAUUUUAGAUCAUACUGCUUCAAACAGUCCUGGCUUCCCCAAAGAAUCCUGGAAGCUGUAGUUUGUUAAGGGUACUGAGGAGAUGCAGCUUGGGGGGGCGGGUCUCCUAAGAAUUCCCAGAGGAGAAUUAAGCCACUCUGAGAACUGGAGCUCUGCUUCUUUUGUCGCCGUUUUGAAAACAAGGCUGGUGGGAAAAUAUGCCUGAAGAUUGGUUGUGACUUGCAGACUUUACAGUGCAUUUGUAUAGAAUUUGAACCUCUUCCUGGGCAUCUAGUUGUAAUAAGCUUGUACAACAAUCCAGUAAGGAAGGUCAGUAUCCUCAUCUCUCAUGUUGCAGAAGGAGAGGCUGGAGGCUUGCCUAAGGCUAUCAAGCAAGUUCGUGGCAGAGCUGAAAUUUGAGCUAUGGACUCUUCCCAGUGCUACCAAGUUACACCAGACUUUAGGCCUGUCUUUCCCCUCUUCUUCUCUUUGCAGACUUGGAAAUCAGCGAAACGGAAUCGGAAUGGCAGCCUAAUUGA